CCCAUGAUUGUGGGCAUGGGGAAAGACCAACAGGAUGGGAACUUUGGACUACGGUUUAUUUUCAUUACUACUCGACCCAAUUUAAUGCUAAUUUGUAUUCAACGCAAAGACAAGCUGGAGCUCAUGACUGUAACACUAACAGCACUUUCCUUUUUCUCCUAGUGCUGAAAGGCGGCCCUCUACCUGAGAGCUACAGGCUGCGUCAGUUCCAUUUUCACUGGGGCAGCACCGAUGACUGUGGCUCUGAGCACUUAGUGGAUGGAGCCCCAUUUUCUGCAGAGCUUCAUUUAGUUCACUGGAAUUCUGCCAAGUACCCCAGCUUUGCUGAUGCCGCCUCACAGGCUGAUGGUUUGGUGAUUGUCGGCGUUUUGAUGAAGGUGGGUCAGGCCAAUCCAAACCUUCAGAAAGUACUUGAUGCCCUAAAAACAGUUAAAACUAAGAACAAGAAAGCUCCAUUCACAAAUUUCGACCCCUCUGUCCUCUUGCCUUCAUGCACGGAUUACUGGGCCUACUUUGGUUCACUGACUCACCCUCCUCUUCAUGAGAGUGUCACCUGGAUCAUCUUUAAAGAGACCAUCAGUGUGAGCGCGGAACAGCUGGCGCAGUUCCGCAGUCUGCUAGCAAAUGCUGAAGGCGAUAAAGAAAUCUGCAUCAAGCAGAACUACCGACCACCCCAGCCUCUGAAGGGCAGGACAGUGAAAGCUUCAUUCUGACGGGCCCAAGAGGAAGCUCACCUUCCCUCAAGAAGCACAGCUCUGCUUCUGACAUAAUCCAACAAAACAAGCUUUAAGAAAUAUGUUUAUUUCAAUACUAGCUAGACAGCCUGCUUGCGAAUUUACUCUGCAGAACGCAAAAUCUUUUUCUUAUCUUGAACUCAAACAGUAAUCUGUAAGUUCACUAAACUUGUGCUUAAAUUCAAUCUGUUGCAUUGACUUUCUUAUCAUUGCAAUUAAGGCAUACUUGAUUUCUUCAAGACUUUAUCCCUUCCCAUUUUAUUCAGUUUAAUUGGACGAAAAAUAAUUUUAUCCCUUUCUUCUCGUCUAUUACGUACUAUACGUUUAAAUGGCAUUAGGUGCUACUCCAUUUACAUUCAAGAAUCUUAAAUGCUUUCAUUUGCAACAUUAUUCUGAUGCGAUAUCAGGUCUAUUACUCAAAUAUAAUGACCUAAGAGCAGCUUGAGAUGAAAUGUUAAGAAUUCAUUUGCUUACGCUUGAAGACAAAUAUGCAGCUAAAAUGACAACUGGAUUUUCUAUUAUGGUCAAAUAAAUGGCCCAACAUUGCUACCGUU